AUGAAGACCGCUGCCGUCGCACCCUUCUUUUUCCUCCCCUCUACCCUCGCCACGACCAUCUACCUCGCUGGUGACUCUACCAUGGCGAACCUUGGCGGUGGCUCUGGGACUAACGGCUGGGGCCAAUACGUCGCCCAAUACGUCUCCGCCACCGUGGUCAACGAUGCCGUGGCCGGCCGCAGCGCCCGCUCCUACACCCGCGAAGGCCGCUUCGAGAACAUCGCCGAGGUCGUCACCAGCGGCGACUACGUGGUGAUCGAGUUCGGCCACAACGACGGCGGCUCGCUGUCGACCGACAACGGCCGCACCGACUGCUCCGGCACCGGCGCCGAGGUCUGCUACAGCGUCUAUGAUGGUGUUAACGAGACCGUCCUCACCUUCCCCGCCUACCUCGAGAACGCCUCCAAGCUGUUCACCGCCAAGGGCGCCAACGUCAUCAUCAGCAGUCAGACGCCCGACAACCCCUGGGAGACGGGCACGUUCAGUUACACCCCCACGCGGUUCGUGGGGUACGCUGAGUUGGCUGCUGAGGUUGCCGGCGUGGGCUACGUAGAUCACGGGGCUUAUGUCGCGGCGAUCUAUGAGACGUUGGGCAACGCGACCGUCAACUCUUUCUACCAGAUCGACCAUACCCAUACCAGUCCCGCCGGGGCGGAGGUCGUGGCCGAGGCGUUCUUCAAGGCGGUGGUGUGCACGGGGGCGUCGUUGAACAAUGUGCUCACAACGACGAGCUUUGAGGGAACAUGUUUGUAG